UCUUGCUGGGCUCGCGAGUCGCACUAGGCAAAUGGAGGUUUUCAUUAUGAUUGGCAAACGUGUGUAGUAGGCUUGGAUAUUUCGCAAAAUGGUUGUUAUUCGCGUUAGAUAACUGACGUUUGUUAACUUCUAGACCGGUACAUUUACAAAGGACGGUUUUCUCCGGAUUAAUCGACACCUAAUAGCUUGUAAUUUUGUGCUGUGUGUGUAUGUGAAUUGUGAAUUAAAAUUACUCAAAAGAAAAUCGUGUUACACGGGAGGAGAGCUAUGAUCUUUUAUAGUAUGUAGUGUGAUACAUAUGUACACACAUGCAUCAUACUGGCUGUCAAUUACAAUACAACUCAUUAUCCGUCUGUUUCUACCGUAUCGGGUCGUCGAACGUCCCUCACUCUCGCCUCGAAUGAAUGAAAUGAUAACAAGAGUUGGGACUAGUUUACUUGUUAUAUUAUUAAUUUCACCGUUUGGAAUGCGGUGUUAACUGGAUGUGGAAUGCUAUCUCACGUCUGUUCUCAACGAACAAAUCAGAAGGACUAUCAAUUUAUCAAAACUCAGAGUGUGACAGUGGUAGUGUGCCAGUGGCCGAUAUAUCUGUAGAUGUUUUCGAAACAAUGGAUCGUAAUAUGGGAGAAGAUCGACGUAAAGGUGCAGGGAUUAGCGGAGAUCAAAGAUAUGCUGCUGGUGACACUGAACAUCCAUCAGAUGCAUCUGAAACCCGUAUGGCCAAACAGCGUGCCUCCGUGAAGUGGCUGCUUUCAAAGGCAUAUAACAACAACGUGCCAGAUAACUUACGGGAACCUUAUUAUCGUGAUCACGAGGAUCAAGAACACUUGAAGCCACAGAUAGUCCAUUCGCUUUCAAAUGCAGAGCUAUACUGUUUGGCGUUGGCCAAUAUAUACUCGGAUCCCAAUUACCACAACCAAAAUCAUCUGGGGAUUUUGCAAGCACUUGCCAGAAAAGGAGUCUUCGUUUCCGAACACAACAACACUCAGCUCACGGAAACUAUCCUCAUACAAAACUCACCACUUAAAAUGUCGGCGCAUAUGGCUGUGAUAGAAGGAUUGAUGGUGCUUUACGCUAAAGAAGUUGUGACCGGCGACUGUGUCGUGGCUGCGAUCCGACGUUUCAAUCCGCAAAGUAAUUUGGAAGUACCGGCAGACCAUGAGCAGGGGUUGCUAUUAUGGAUUAGACAUGCCUCGAGAGCUCUGGUUGCCAAAAUACAAUUGGAAGAUGGUGCUGGGGAUAAAUCGCGAGUGCCUGAUUUAAUACCAGCGAACGACUUCCAAUCCCUCUGCGAUGGCGUUGGGUUAGCUGCUGUUGUAGCUUUUUACUGUCCUGAAGAACUCAAUUGGAAAGACAUUAGAAUAUCUAGGAGAUUAUCUGUCGCUGAUGCACUGCAUAACCUGUUAUUGGUGCAAAUGUUCUGCGCCAGAUGCUUACCCUAUUCUAUUUUUCACAUGCAAAGCGAAGACGUCACUUAUAUGAGAGGCUCUAUGAAACAAAACUUGAUUGUUUUUCUUGCCGACUUGUACAAUGUGCUAGAGAUUCAUCCAGUGAAAUGUGUUCGUUAUCCCGGUGAAGACAGGGAUUCACAAUAUUUAAACGUUUGCCCACGCAAUAGCCACGGUGUAGCUCAUAAGCGCAGCCUACCUCAGUCUAUAGCUCCGAUACCUGACCUACGAAGCAACCUCUCUGUAUCCGCUCCAGGCUUCACAGUAACGAAAAUACCGUUGUCGAGUUCGGUGAAAAAAUCGCAAUCUUUGCAACAAACCAUGGAAAGCCAUUCUUACGAAGACAGAAGAGCAGGGAACGAGGAUAGUUUUGUCGUACACAGAGGGAGAGGUGUUCCCACAUUAAGUUCAGUUGCCGAUGAUAAAGUUGCAGCUAGAGCGGAAGCCGCUGGUCGGCCAAGUAACUGGGAGGACCAGAGACGGAGUUCUUAUGCCGGCAGACGCUCACGGAGGAACAGUGUAACUGAUGACUCUCAGCUUACAAUUGAGAAUUUCGGAGGCUCUCAGGACAAUCUACAUAACUUCGGAAGAAACCCUGACAAAGAAGUUGGAGGUCACGUUGGUCGUCAUAAUGUUACCGAACCAACGCUUCCGGCUCGGUCUAGUGUCCAAGAUGUAUAUGGUAGUGGAGUGCAACUCAUUCUGUCUGACAAUGGUUAUAGCAGUGAAGAGCCACCCAAGCUAAAGAGACAGUCUUCUAAUUCAAGUCUGAACAAUGUUGCGCUGAAAAAUAUUCUACAUUCCAAUGAAAACGAUAAUGUGGACGGAAAUUCGAGUUCUAAAUUGGCAAGCUUUGCUCAGCUCGGUAGACAAAAUUCCGAGAAAGUCAUUAACUUUACCUAUUCUAAUCAAGAAAAAGACGACAACCUUCUGAAAAAAGCUGGUGGUGUCGUUGGUAAAAAACAAAUUCAAAAUAAUGGGAAUACAUUAGCAGAAAAGAAAACUACCUUUGCUGCACUUCCAAAUACCACUACAUGGCAACAACAGAGUAAUCAACAAAUGCUACAAGCUGAAUCUAAUAAUGCUGAUGAAAAUGGUGGUAAUACAGUCAUGGCAUCACAGUUGAAUAACAUCAGAAUGAAACUCGAGGAAAAACGACGUCAUAUAGAAAACGAAAAACGAAAAAUGGAAGUGGUAAUGUCCAAACAACGGCAGAAAGUUGGCAAAGCCGCGUUUCUACAAGCAGUUACAAAGGGUAAGGUAAAAUCCCCCUCUUCGUCAACGUCAGGGGGGGAAAGCCCCGUGGAAACAGUCCCCCCCAGCCCUAUAACUUCUGGAAAUAUAGGGGUCACCCCUGCAAGCAGUACCGAGACACAUCUCGUACCCCAUCAUCCUUCUCAAGAAAAACCGCAACGGCCUUUUUCGCUGAAGGAAAUCAGCGAAGAUGUACGAGAUGUGGAACAUAAAUGGCUCGAGCAGGAUGGGAGCGCGCCGUUUAUUGAAACACGACGCACACCAGAUAUUGAGAAUAUGGAUUUGGAUCAAUAUCACGAGUCUAUAUCACAAAUGAAUAGUAGCCUUAGUGAAAUUCAGGCAGAUAUACAGCGACUAGCCAAUCAACAGAACCAAAUUCAGCAACAACAUUUAAUGAGCCAGCAUCAGCAACAGAUGCAGCAACAAUUACAACAGUUGAAAAGUUUGAGUCAACAGCACAUGCAGAAUUAUGCAAUACCGCCAAUGAAUUCAAUACCUACCAGAAUUCAAGAUCCCCAGCAGUCACAGUUUUAUUUACAUGAUCAUGCACAGUCACAGAGACGGACAUGGGGACAACCAUUACCGCCAGAAAGUCUGGCUAAUGAAAUGGCUGCAGCUGGCUAUCAGCAGCCUGUCGAUCAUCGAUAUAGCCCUCAACCUCCAGCUUACCAGCAAGACCCACGGCUAUAUCAAGAUACAAGAACGUGGGCUGCACCUUCUUCUCAACCAAAAGGAUUUGUGUUGCACGAAACAGCACCAGAUCAAAGAUAUCUCAACGGCGGGGAUCACAGUCUCUGUAACAACCAAAUGAGUCGACCUGGUUCAGCGUAUCCAACACCUGCGACGCUUUUCAAUCAAAUGCCAUCCUCCUCUGCCAGCCCUCAACACCGAAAUGCGGUGCAUCGAAUUAGUCAACUAAUGAGUGACAACGUUGAACCAAAAAGACCGACAGUGCAUCAUAUACCUAUAACAUGCGAAAGUCCAACAGAAAAACGCCAAGCUCCUGUGAUGCACACCCCUGUCCCUGCGCCAUCCGUUGAUGAUAUGGAACCACAAAAUAUCUCGUUUAUUGGAAAUGACGAUGAUCUCCCGCACGGUAUUAGAGGCUUGAAUAUCACUUCGGGUAGCAGAACGUAUCGAAAACCGUCGCCGACCCGGCCAUCUUUAUCUAGAAAUUCUUUUCAACCACAUUCAUUGCUACGAGAUCCAGCUUCGCCGCCAUCCUCUACGCCCGAAGUAUCAACAUUUGAUCCAGCUGAUACAGGAGAAAAAGGAUUUUAUAUAUCUUUCGAUAACGACGCACCUAAAAAGCCUAAGCCUGCACUUGGGCUGAAAAGAACUUCGCCAAAAAAGGAACGUACUGUUUCAUCAUAUAUCGAGCAGGAAGAUUUUACUGUUCGACCUGAAUCUCCACCUGCUAGUGCUGUUGAUAGACAGCGACAACUUGAAGCCCAGAGGGAUUUGGAAAGGGAAAGGCUCAAACAAGCUGAAGAGAGGGAACAGCAAAGACAAGAAAUUAGGGACAGAGACAUGCAAAGAGAUAUGGAAAGGGAACGAAUAAGAGAUAGACAAAAGGAUAAUGCUACAGCAAGUAGACAGGGUACCGGGAUCGGUCUCGUCAUUGGAACUCAAUUAGCUAAUCCUGAUCCUAACUCUUUGGAUGAGAUGGAAAAGAAGAAAGAGCGAAUAAUGUUGCUUUCGCUUCAGCGACGGCAACAGCAGGAAGAACUGAAAGAAAAGAAAGAAGCAGAAGCACAAACUCGCAAAGAGCAGGAGAAAUUAAAAAACGAAGAACGGGCACGCAAAAAGGAGGAGGAGAGACAAAAGAGGGCCGCAAUUCUCGAACAAUACAAGCUCAAAAAAGCCAUCGAAGAAGCGGAGAAAGAGGGUAAGGUUAUAGAUAAAGAGCUUCUGAAUGCGAUAAAACCAACGAAACUCCGCAAUAAAACCGCACCUAGUCGUCCUCGGCCGAAAACAAUUCACGUAGAUGCUAGCACGGAUCUAGAUUCAGGAGCUUUGACACCAAGCCGAGGGAAAAAAGGAUCUUCAUCUAAUCUCAGCACUGCGUCGCUGAUAUCGCCAACCAUGAGACGGGACUACUAUCGUGGCUCUCAGGACAGUCUUACUGCCGCCCAUCUUGAUGAUCGUCGAUCGGGUCCCCUCUACCGAGGUGGCAGCCUCAGGGUAUCUUCCGUAGAUUCACCGGAUGAUGGUAGAGGGUCUUCUCCAUGUCGAAGUGUUAAUCAGCUUGGACGACGGGGUUCCUACAAAACGUCAAGAGAUGCGCAGGAGCCUCAGCAACAAGUUAGAGGCAGGCCUAAAUACCCGACUUACCAAAACUUUAAGGGAAGAAAGUCUAAUUCGUUGAUGAAUUUGUGUGGUUCGAGUAGUGAUCAAGACAGUAUGAUGUAUCGGUACACAGAUACGGACAGCGGGCUAGGACGGGCGACUCCUCCGAGGCGUGCACCAAGUCCGGGAAUGGGCAGCAUGAGGCAUCUACCAUCACCAUCCGGUCCGGGAUCUCUUCCUCCAGGCCUUAUGACCAAACGAAGGAUGUUCGACGACGGAAGCAGUGAUAUUAGCAGUACUCCUAGUUCAAUGAUGGACUAUAAUGGUCCACGAUUAUAUAAACAACCUACAACUAAGUCAAAUAGAGGAAUUAUGUUGAAUGCCGUGGAAUAUUGUGUAUUCCCUGGCACAGUAAAUAAAGAAGCGAAGAGGAGGGUACUGGAUGAAAUAUCGAGAUCGGAAAGCAAACACUUUCUUAUCUUAUUCCGAGACGCAGGCUGUCAGUUUAGAGCUCUCUACUCAUACUGUCCUGACAAAGAAGAAGUUUCUAAACUUUACGGCACUGGACCUAAGCAGGUCAACGACAGAAUGUUUGACAAAUUUUUUAAAUACAAUUCCGGAGGUAAGUGCUUCUCGCAGGUGCACACAAAGCAUUUGACAGUGACUAUUGAUGCAUUUACGAUACAUAACAGUCUGUGGCAAGGAAAGAAGGUGAAUCUUCCUAACAAGAAAGAUAUGGCGCUUGUCAUAUAGUUAUGCAUCAAUGUUACGUUUAAAAUUGUACUACUACGCCCGCUGUUGUUCAUAUAGUUACUCGGUUAAUACAAGCCCAUAUUAAAAUUAAUACCAUCGUUCCGUUCUUAGUAAAUUUUAUAAGAGGAUACCCAAUCGGUAUUGACACUCCCAUGAUCAUUGAACUUGUACAGAAAAAAAAGAUGAACCAAAAUAAGUGAACCUGAAUAACUUUCAUCAUAUCUAUGCUUUUAUUACGCAAUUCCUAUAAUCCUGCAUGUGAACAAAAUAUUGGAAUGUAGAAUAACCCUUACAUUCGUUGAUACAUAAAUCAUUUUUGAACUGUUUCUAUCGAUAUUUAACUCCUCCAGUUUAUGUGUGUCCAUACCGAUUGUUUUUAUAUGUUAAAAACAUAGGUAUUCAUAAUAGGAAUGGUUUAUUAUCCAUAUUUCCUGCCAAUUUGCAGUAAUGGUUAAUAGCUGAAUGAAGAAAUAAAAACGAGUGACGAAGUUACAUAAUUGAAGAAAAACCAAACCUAAUGAAUAAUAUGUGCUGCUCUAAAAAAAUUGAAUCGUUUGACCCGCGAUUAAAUGCGAUGCGAAAUUAGUCUUCAAUUUGUGUCAUUUGCCAAACGCUUUAACGUGAGGAAUGAAAAAAAAGUUUGAGUCACAAAUUAUUUUAGAUAUUACCUAAUAUACAAUGUUGAUCACUUAUCACAGUCUUUUUUUAUUUCCCUUUUUCUAAUUCAGGAGAAGCGUAUAAAUAACUUAGCAAAAUCUGAUAACAAUAACAAGAUUGCUGGAAUGAUUUCAUAUGGAUGAAACGGAUGAUGCUAAAAAACUAAUAACAUUGCCAAAAAAUUACAUCUGAACAUUUAAACGACUUGUUGUAAUCACUUCCAUUUUUGCUCUUUUUUGAGUAAUCUUAAUUCAGUGCAUGCGAACAACCAAAUCGAGCCUUAGACUCAAACGACACGAGUAAAUAUCAUACGAGGAUGAAUACCUAAAUAAAUUUUACUCGUGAUAAAUCUAAAAACACGUUAACAGUAAAACACGUUAGAUCGUAUGUCAUGCUGUAUUUAUAUCCAAAGACAUAUACUUUUAUAUCAAAAUUAAUUAUACGUGAUUGAUUAUUGUUAUUAUUUUUUUUUAAUUUUCAUUUCUUUCAUCAAACAUGAUUAUGAUGAUAUCCUACUAGUUACACACAGUAAAGUAUAUUUAUUUUCCAUUCAACGACAAUGACUAUGCUUUCAAAAAAUAAAUCUUAUUCGUCAGGACUCGUUUAUUACUUUUACGGAAAAUUUUUCUUUUUCAAACGAAAGAGAGUUAUUGUCGUUAUAGAUUUAUCGUCCCUCUCCCUCCCUCCAUUUUUUGAAUGAUUUUUCAUUUUACAUAAACAUCGGUUUGACUAAUUCUUCUUGUCUUUCAAAAAAAAAAAAGGAAGAGAUUUACGUACAUUCGAAGAUCAUAAAUAGUAAAUAAACAAUAUUGCAUAGUUACUACUCAAAAGUGAUGAUUGGAUUGGAUUCUAAAAGCUGUCUGCUUACAGUAUAAUUGCCAUGAAUUGUUAUUAAUUCUAUUAUUAAUGUUACAAUUAUUAUAAUAUUGAUAUUUUUUUUUAACAUUAUUUGUUCAGCAAGGCAGGCACAGAAAAUAAAUAAUCCGUCAUCUAGGUGUUACAAUAUACUAUAUCGUGUUUUAGUAAGAAUAAAAUAAUGGAAUUAUAAUUCAACACAGUAUUGGAGGAAGAUCGGAGGCCUUGUAUGUAUUGUACAUGAUGAAUGAUUAUUAAACAAUUAUUAGAAAUUUAGAUUAAAUAAACAACUAUACUAUGUUGUGCCAUAGAUUUCAAAAUCUUCCCCUUUUGCUGCUUUGAAUUGUAUUUCAAUAUUAAAUUUUAAUAGCAUAAUCAGAAUUUGACCGAAACUAAACGAAUGAAUGAAUCGUCACUAACGUCAAAGAAAUAAAAGAGUAAUUGUCAAAUUGAACAAAAUUGCAAGAAUCAGUAGCGUUAACAUAGCGGUGAAUUAUCAUCUACUAUAGAAAUAUAUAUACCUGUAAUGAAUGAAAUUACCGAACCUUAUUGCUUUUAGUAAAGAAACAGAAAGAAAGAAAAAAAAGCAAAUAAUUCGAAUGUCGAUAUACUAAUUGUGGUGGUCAAACAAAAAAAAUUAUAAAGACUUUUCAAAUAUUCAAUAUCAUUUAGUAUCUCCACGAAAACAUUCAUACCAAUAUAGUUUGUCCUUGGUAGAGAAAAAAAGAAAGAAAUACAAUAUUGCGAAACCUAUUUGUGCGACAUAUCGAAUUUUGUUAUUGAAACUCUGUCUCUCUCUCUCUAUUUCUCUCUCUCCUUGAAUUAGUCGUGAUUUAUGAAUUCAGAAAAUUAAAUUUAUAAAAGUAAUUAUAAACCAACCAUCGGGAAUUCUAAAACUCACGUGUAAAGUUGAUCUGCUGUAAUAAAGUAGGUUGAUUUGAGAGUAAAAAGUAAAAACUGUCCGCAAUGACAAUAUUGAUUAAAAAUAAGACGGAAAGUCAACCUUAGGUAUGUUUGCUAUGUUUCAUUUAUAACUUACAGUAGGCGGCAACCAAGAUGUAAACACAAUAUAGUCACUAAUAUUAAGAAUGACGAUGCGAAUGUCACAGUAAUUCUGGAAGUAACUAUUAUUUGUCAAAAAGGCAAAAUUAUUUAAAAAAAAAAAAUGAGAAUAAGUGAACCGAAAAAUUCACGUUUAAGAGAAGAAUUGAACAAACAAACAAAGAAAAAAGAAAAGUAUUGAAAGCCAACGGAGCAAGGAUAAAACUUGGAAUUACCUUCAAAUAAAAGCUGCUUUGCUUGAUAUUUAUAUUUUUUAAAAAUAGUAAAUAUUAUUAGCAAGCUAAUAUGAUUUACCUGAAAUAGUUAUUAUUAUUAUCGAUUUUUAUUAUCGAUUACUAAUAACCAGCAUUAUUAUUACGAACGAAAUCCUAAAAAUUGUCCCUGAUUAUUAGGAGAAGGCUGCGUUGUACGUACACAGAAGUAAUCAUGUGCUUACUAAUAAUUAUUAAUUAAUAAUUACUUCCCCAUCCCUUGCGAAAAAACCCUAAUUUUUAUCGUGAUGAAGCGUGUGUAAAGUGACGUUUUUUCAAUUCAUCUAUGUCUGUAUAUAUUAUGUUUUUAUAUAAAAACCAAACUACAUAAUACUUGAUACAUUUAUUAAGUACCUUUGAAAAUAUAAGUACUGGGUAAUAUUUUACUGUUAGCAUAUCGCAGCAAAUGUCAUCAAUAAAAACCAAUAACCCAUUUUCAA